AUGAAUUCUUAUAUCACGUUUACUCUCCUCUCUCUUUUUCUUGCACUAAACCUAAAUCCGUCGUUAGCGUCCAGUCUCGACCUCACAGACGAUACAAACGCGAGCAUAACGCGAUACAGCACAUACGUCAAAAACGCGUGUAACGUAACGCGUUACCAACACCUCUGCGUCAGAACGCUUUGGCCGUUUGCAAUCGUUGCUAAAAACAACUCGAGCAUAUGGGCAAGAGCCGGCGUCGCGGUUACCAUAACCGACACCAAACAGAUCUUAAGACUUUUGCUCAGAACGCGGAAUUCAGCGGUUGGGAAACGCGAGAGAAUUGCGUUAUCCGAUUGCCGUGAGCUCUUCGUGGACUCUCUCGACAGUCUCUACAAGUCGCUCGCCGUUCUCCGGAAACUAAACGCCGACGAGUUUCAGCGACAGAUCAGCGAUCUCGCCACGUGGCUAAGCGCUGCACUCACAGAUCAAGACACGUGUCUCGAUGGAUUUGCAGAGACUUCGGAUAUUAAUUCAUCACCAACGGUCAGGAUGAUUCGAAGGAAAGCUACUAAAUGUAUGCAAUUAUGCAGCAAUGCUCUCGCUCUACUCAACAAGCUUGCUUAUGAUGGCUUGUAA